AUGGCCGUAACAGCAGCAGAAAUUCUGAAGACAAUCCCGCCAGUCAGUGAAUAUCGUUGGUCGUGCAAGGAUGUUUCCCAGCGGUUCACCGUCGUGAAUCCCGCGACAGGGAAGCCGAUAACUGUCGUCCAGGCCGGAAAUCCCGACACAGCAGAUAAGGCUGUCCAAGCAUCACAAAAGGCAUUCGAGUCGUGGCGAUGGAAGACUCGACAAGAACGCUCAGUCUAUCUCAUACAGGCAGCCGACGAGCUUCAAAAGCACAUCGGUGAAUUGGCCAUUCUGCUAUGCCUUGAGAACGGGAAACCUGUCAAAGAUGCAUCAUUUGAUCUUAUGUUUCUGGUGGGAGUGUUUCGUUACUUCGGAUCUAUUGCGGACAAACUACCUUCGGAAUUUUUCGACCAAGGAAACAUCUAUUCGAGUGUGAUUUAUGAGCCACAUGGGGUGUGUGUGGGGAUUUUGCCGUUCAAUUGGCCUCCGGUCCAUGCUGGGGGGAAAUUGGCCCCAUGUCUGGCGGCUGGCAAUACCAUGGUCCUAAAGCCAGGAGAGCAGGCUCCGUUGACAUUGAUGCGCAUUGUUCAAAUACUGCAGUCCGUUUUUCCCGAAGAUGUUGUCCAGGCGAUUCCUGGUCUGGGCCCGGAGUUGCCACAGGCCUUGAUCAGUCACCCACUAGUCAAAAUGGUCUCGUUGACAGGCUCUACCGCAUCAGGCUCGAAGGCUGCCCAGCUUGCUGCAGUUACCCUGACCCCUACAGCACUGGAGCUUGGAGGAAAGAAUGCCUUUGUUAUCUUCGAAGACGCUGAUCUAGAGUUAGCUGUGCGCGAUACUGUCGAUGGGGCCUUUUUCAACAAGGGUGAAUCGUGCACCGCCGCAUCACGGAUUUUAGUUCACAAAGACCUUUACCCGACUUUCGUUGAUCGCCUCACAAUAGCAGUCAAGAGGUUGCGCGCCGGUGAUGGACUUGAUGAAAAGACGCACAUCGGCCCUGUUGUGUCUCUGGAGCGUCAACAGGAGAUUCUAUCCUAUAUCGAAGAAGGCAAGCGUCAAGGAGCGACUUUAUCUGCGCAGGGAAGCCUACCUACAGCCGAAGAUUUAGCGGGGGGGUUUUAUGUGGCCCCAACGCUCUUCACAGACGUCAAACCUGAAAUGACUAUUGCACACAAGGAGAUCUUCGGACCUGUCGUUGUUGUGGGUUCUUUUGAAACGGAAGAGCAAGCCGUCACAAUCGUCAACUCCUCGCAGUACGGACUUUUUGCAGGGGUAUACUCCGCGGACUUCAAUCGAGCUCUGCGAGUUACUCGAAAGUUGGACGUUGGGGUCGUGUUGGUGAAUAAUUACUUCCGCGCGCUUUUGGGAACGCCGUUCGGUGGUGUGAAGGACAGUGGAUAUGGCAGGGAACAUUGGAUUGGAACACUAAGGGAAUGGAGUCGUAUCAAAAACGUUCGCUUCCCAAGCGGACUGGGUACUAUACCAGCUUGGGGUAGCGCUAGUGAUGUAUGCAAGCUGUAG